AGAGAUUUGUGAAUGCAGGUAAAUGACGAUGACCCCAUUUCCCAUCAACUCCCCCAAUUUGUUUAACAAUAAUCUUUGCAAAAAGGCCAGAAUUGUGUCUGUAGUCAGUAUCAGUGAACCAAAAACAGUAAAAAAUCAGGAUGAGGCCAGCUUUUCAGUGGUUGCUGCUGCUUAUUUGUCAAGCCUGUUUGCUGAACCCUGCAACAACUGAAAAUGUGUGCCCUCGGCCUCUUCCAGAGGACAACACAGAACUGAUCGGAGGUCAGCUAUUUUUCGAGCCAGGAACAGAGGUUACACUGUCUUGCAGCCAGGGCUACUCGCACUCCGGGGGGUCACGCAAAAUAACCUGCAAAAAGAACGGAGAGUGGACCGAGCGCUUCCUUCAGUGCUCCCCAAAGCGGUGUUCGGUUCCUGAAUCGCCCCAGAACGGAAAAGCAGAGUUCGACAAGAUCGUUUACAAAAGCGUCAUUACAUUUAACUGCAACAACGGAUACAACCUGGUUGGAGCCAAUUCCAGCACAUGCUUACACACAGGCCAAUGGAGUAAACCUACCCCACAGUGUGAACCUGUUUUGUGUGGUCUUCCAGAUAUUCCACCUAAUGCCAAAAUUGUGUACGACAAGCAGUUCAAGGGAUAUACAGUACCUUUCGGUUUUGGAGGAAAAUACGAGUGUUUUCCUCCCAUGGCUGCCAUUGGUGAACAAAGAGCCAUGUGCACUGAAGAUGGCACGUGGACGGAUCCACCGGAGUGCAUAUUGGUAACAUGUCCUGAGCCCAGCGGUAUAGAUAAUGGCUUUCUGUCAUUUGCGGAAUCACGGAAGUAUGGGUAUAAAGAAAAAGUCAAAUAUGGCUGUACCCACCCCUACAUCCUCGAUGGACUUGCCGAAGUUGAAUGUCAAGAAACUGGCUCAUGGUCCAAAAUUCCUACAUGUAAAGCUCCUUGCACGGUUGGCAUUGAAAGGGGACGCAUUGUAUACAGAGGUUCAAAGAUGUGGAUUGCAGACUUCAAACCCAACCAGGUGACACACUCUGAGCAGGUCACUGUGUACUGUUUGGACCAGGAGAAAGACUGCGGUUACCCUGUAAACAUGCGCUGUGACAACGGAGAAAUGCCCAUCCCUGCCUGCUACACGGAACCUGAUGCCUACAGUAUUAGACCAGGAACAUUUCCUUCAGAGAUCAAGCAAUGCUCAUGAUCAUGGAAGGAACAGUGAAGGAAGUCUUCUUGAAGAAAGCCUCCAGGCUUUGAGAAAUGCUCUUCUACAGGUUGCAAUGCUCGUUUUCACAUGUAGAGAUGUGUGAAAAGAAAACGCCUUACAAAUAAAGAGUUUGUGUUUUAAUGA